AUGUCAUCUCAAAAAGAGCCAUAUCUUGAUGAUUUGCGAAUUGUAUUUCAACCAGCAUUCAUCCUUACAGAUCCGACAAUGAAUACUGCCGAAGUGCAGUAUUUUCAUUGCAGGAUCCCAAAAACUAGAUUAAUAGAUACAAAAAUUAACCAAGUUGAACCUUCAAUUGCACCACUUCCAAAUGAAAAUUACAAACAAAAAGCAAAAAAUGUUGAAUCAAGCUCAAUUCAGCCUUCAAAUGUAAUAAAAGAAAAAUUAGAGCAACCACCUGCAGAAACACCUCCACAAUCUCCUGUACAACCAGCAGAAAUGCAAACUCCAUCUCAAGAAUCCCCAAAUCAAAAACAAAAUUUAUCACCUCAGGCAAGAAAGCGAAUCCAGCAACUCUUAAAGAAUCAAAACGUUCAAGAGCAAUCACAAGAUCAAGAACAAGAUAAUGAGCCUGCUCCGAAAUCUCCUCCACCACGAAACAAAAUUUCGAGAAGAUCUGGUUAUAAUUUUGAAGAAACAGAUUCGCCACUAUCAAUGUCUGAAUAUUGGACAAUAUCUCUCAAAUCCCAAGAAAAUGUUCGGUUUAUUUUCUACAAAAAUGAAAACGAACUUGGAUUUGUCAAUCCAUCUACUAAGCAGAUACAGAUUAAAGGAAUUAUUAGUUCGAAUCAUGUUUCUGUAAUGUUAGGCGGUCAGAGAGUUGCGGAAAUACGUCAACAAGAUGAUAAUACAUUUUACAUUUACAAUUGUGAAGAAAAACCUUACUUCGAAUACUGUGCUAUGAAGUUAAACCAGUCAUUUGUAUCCGAAGGAGGUCCAUUGCUCUUUGAAUUAUACAUUCCUGCCCUUAAAAAACGUCCAGAAGGUCAAAGAUAUGUUUCAAUCGAAGCUUCUGAGACUUCCGGUCUUAUUGCAAGGGUUGAACAAAAGGCAAAGGAAGCAAUUGUCAUGAAAACAAGGAUGCCACAGAAUACCGGAAAUUCUUUCGAUCUUUCCUUCGAAAAUAUCUUCAAAAAACCUGAUUUCCACAAUUUCAUCAUUUAUCACGAUUCUAACCCGAAAAGAAUCGUUUCUACGCUCGGAUUAUUGGAUGGCGGACUAUAUAGAGCAACUGUUACAUACCCUAUGUGUCCACUGCAGAGUUUCUUCGCUUGUUGUGGUUCUUUUAUUACUCAAAAAUAA